AUGACGGCGGUGUCUGCAACCGACCGCGCGCCUACAGAACCACAACCACUGCAGCAUAUUUCUUCGGAGACCAGACUCUCUAAGAAACGGCUAAAUGAUUCCGACGAUUCUGAAGAGACAGAAGACAUUCCGAUCAGAAGAUAUAUAGGAGUGCCUCUUAAACAAUACCAACCUUGGGCUUACCUCCAACUCGAGUUACUCUUCGCACCGCCUUCUUCCGCACCUCCCUCGGUUGAUAAUAUCACAGUUCGUACAAACCUUACGACCGCGCUGCACCAGUUUCUUGGCCUCACCGGAACUGCAAUUCCAAUCGAUCUGCUCAAAGUUCAAGGUAGACAAGCGUGGCUUCGGGUGGCUCAAGAGGAUAUGGGCGCGGUCGUCGCCGCUGUGAGCGGCUGGGUAGGCGGAGGUGGAACCACAGCGGACGCCGAAAGCAUAGGGUGGAGGGUGCACGCGACAGGAAAUUGGCUUGCAGGGAUGAUUUCCGGGGGUGGCCAGGAACUUUUUCAUGGGUAA